AUGGGAGUUGCCGGUGUAUUGGGCGCAGCUCUGUUAUGCACUAUUCGUGGUGCUACUGUAGAAAAUACUUUAUUUGAAGAUGGUGAUAGUGCAAAUACAUUCCAUGCGUUUAACCCAACCCAAGCCGAAGAAACGUAUUCAAUGGUCACCGCUAACCGCUUUUGGUCCUUCCAAGCCGUACAUACGACUUUUCACAUAAUUCUAUAUGUAUCUAUGAGAUCGAGUAUGAAAUUCUGUUUACUCACUUUAAAUUGA